AUGAGACCCAAACAUCCGAACAUUUUCCCUGAAGCUCUAAAAUCGGAAAUUAUUCCAACCAAAAAUGAAAUGUUCAAACGUAUAAAAAGUAUUCAAAUUCACUCCCUAAAAAGUAAAUCAAGUCUAAUUAUAAAAUUACUGGGUGCCACUCGAAGCAUGUCUUUGUUAAGUAAAGUUGAAAGCAAAUUUAUGGUUAGUUUCACUUUGCAGCCAUUACUACCCUUACCGGAGAACAAACCUCAAAUCAUCCCGGAAUGUAGGCAAAAGCUAGGCUAA